CACUACUAUAUAACAAAUAAUUUGAGGAGGUGUAGGGUGAAACGAAUGUCCCACCAAGUUUACAGCCCUAUUGCUUUGAUGAGUGGCAACUUUGCAGGAAGAAGAACGUCAUCACAGUCAAAAGCGAAAGUAUACACAGAUGUUAACUCUGGUAAACCCAAAGAAUACUGGGACUACGAUAGCCACAUCAUACAAUGGAACGAUCCUGACAGAUACCAGCUGAUAAGAAAACUGGGACGGGGAAAAUAUAGUGAGGUUUUCGAGGCACAGGACUUGAAACUCGAUAGGAGAGUUGUCUGUAAAAUUCUUAAGCCUGUUAAAAAGCGCAAAAUAAAGAGAGAAAUCAAAAUACUUGAAAAUGUAAAGGGUGGUCCAAAUGUUAUAACGUUGAUUGAAGCUGUUAAGGAUCCCAUCAGCAAAACUCCUGCACUAAUAUUUGAGCAUGUCAACGCAAUCGACCACAAGCAGCUCUUCCCAACGUUCACUGAUUUGGACAUUCGAUAUUACAUGCAUGAACUAUUGAAAGCCCUGGACUUUUGUCACAGUAUGGGGAUAAUGCACCGCGACGUCAAGCCCCACAAUGUUAUGAUAGACCACGAGAAGAGGACCUUGAAGCUGAUCGACUGGGGUCUAGCCGAGUUCUACCACCCUCUGGAGCAGUACAACGUGAGGGUCUCCUCCCGACACUUCAAGGGUCCGGAGCUACUUGUAGACGAUCAGUACUACGAUUACUCACUCGACAUGUGGAGUUAUGGGUGUAUGUUUGCUGGCAUGAUCUUCAAGAAAGAUCCUUUCUUCAACGGUUACGACAACCACAACCAGCUUCAUAAGAUAGCAAAAGUUUUGGGAACUGAUGAGCUGUAUGAGUACUUGCAAAAGCAUAACAUUGAACUAGAUCAAAAGUUAAUGGCCAUGAUCGGACGUCAUUCCAAGAAAAGGUGGGAGCGGUUCCAUACCUCUGAGAACACUCACCUGAUAAGUCAUGAGGCUCUAAGCUUGCUUGAUGGCCUCCUUAAAUUCGACCACCAGCUACGUCUCACCGCCAAAGAAGCCAUGGAUCAUCCAUAUUUUGAUCCGAAUAGAAACACAAAGCAAUAAUGCCUGAUAAUAUAACGAGGCUGCACAUUAAUGAUGCGGCCUGUACUUCACUGGCGCCUUGCCAAAGUGUACCUCCAACUCGGGACGAUAUUGUAGAUCCUAGAGAUAGUAGUCUGUUCCAUUUGUUUUAUUGAAGUUUUGGGAAUAGUUUUUAGCUUUUUAAUUUUGUAGUAUUGAAACAAAUUUUACUGCUAUGAAAUUGUCAAUUGAUAUGAUGUCAUGUCAAAUUUUAAGAAAAAUAAGACCAGCGGUGACAAGAUCAUCCUAAUUUUCAAGAUUGUCGCACAUGAUUGUCGCACAUGGAGGAAACGUAUUUGGGGUAAUGAUUCCCAUGGCCAUGAUUAGUCAUAUUUGACUUCGCCUUAAUUGCAGACAUCAAUCUUUACUUCUUACAUACUUGUAUUGGAUUAUAUGUCAUGCAAGUUGCUUGAAUAAUUAUGCUAAAAAUGCUCGUGCGGUCAAACGUAUAGACGUUGAUUAUGUUUGCUUUCAAAAAAACUUGACCUGUACCUGUUUUUCAAUACAAAGUCUAGCCUGGUAAUUAAUACUAUUUAAGAAUGUAAUCGGGAAUUUAAAUAUUUGAGACGGCAGCCUCCUUAGCAUCUGAGUUUAUUGAUAUGAUGAUUCAAAAUUUCAUUCUAAGAAUUAUAGUACUCCUUAUAAUACUGUUGUAAUCUUAACAGACUCUUGCUCCUAGCCAGUGCUUAACUACUACGAUAGUCUCGCAAUUAUUUAUAUAUAAUACGACAUUAUAAAUGGUUAUAAUAAUUGCUGCAGCUCAAUUUGAUUUAAAGUCAAUAUUGAAUAUUUUAUGGGUGCUCGGAGAAUGAAUGUUUGUGUGGUAAUUUGUUUCUGUACCUGAUUUUAAAUGCCACCUUACACUGCACCAAUUUGAAAUGUAGCAGUGUCUCAUAUUUUUCAAUAUUAUGAAUUAUGAUAGCUGUAGUAUCUUGAUAAUGAAUAGUGAUUCGUCAUUUCUAAAAUGCAUCCAAAAUGGUGCUGUGUCGUAUUUCAUAUCUCCAAUGCAAUUCUCAAUAACUAUUUUAUAAAUUUAUCAAGCGAUUUCUGAGCUUCAAACAUUUUAUGGGUUUAAAUUGCCUUAUUUGGUAAGUUGUUAUGGCACCUAGCUAUCAACUACCAUUUGAAUUUGUCAACUUUGGCAUAUUAAUCAUCACCCAGGUUUAAUUAUGAGCACGUUGAAGUAUAAGAUAUCAGAACGAAACUUCGUUUUUAAUUUCAAUACCUUCUCUCUGAUUAAUAUAUUAUCCCUAAUUGAUAUCCUCUUUCUGAGGUGAAAAUCUGAA